UGAUUGUCUCCAAAAAUGUAUGAUUUUAUAUGUCUACAGGUUGGUGAGCUUACAAGGCACAAAGUUUUUUCUUCCCCACAUAAUUUGGGAAGCCCUGAGCAACUAAUCAUGGGAGACUGGGGAUUUCUCUCAGCUUUACUGGACAAAGUACAGUCCCACUCCACCGUCAUCGGCAAGAUAUGGAUGGUCGUCCUCUUCAUCUUCAGGAUCCUGGUGCUGGGAACGGCGGCGGAGAGCGUGUGGGGUGACGAGAGAUCCAACUUAGUAUGCAACACCAACACGCCUGGUUGCGAGAACGUGUGUUACGACUGGAAGUUCCCCAUCUCGCAUAUUCGCUUCUGGGUCAUGCAGAUCAUCUUCAUUUCCACUCCGACUUUGCUGUACCUGGGCCACGUGGUACACGUCAUCCACCAAGAGAACAAAUUGAGAGAGGAGCUAAAAAGGAACCCGAUGUCGAAGCAGCCAAAAUAUACAGACCCUGACGGGAAGGUUGCAAUCAAAGGAAACCUGCUGGGGAGCUACUUGACCCAGCUGUUUGCAAAGAUCCUUUUAGAGGUGGCUUUCAUCGUUGGACAGUAUUAUCUGUUUGGAUUUAUCAUGGAGCACAAGUUCAACUGUAAGAUGCCGCCCUGUACGGUGGAGACAGAGUGUUUCAUGUCUAGACCCACAGAGAAAACCAUCUUCAUUAUCUUCAUGCUGGUGGUGGCUUGUGUGUCUCUGGCCUUAAAUAUUCUAGAAAUAUUCUAUUUGCUUUGUAAGAUGAUAAAUAGGAGGAAUAAGAGAUCUAAGAAUGUAAUGUACGCUGGUCAAACCCAUUAUCCUUCAGCUUUUAAGGUAGAAUCCAGUGCUGUUAAUGGAAUGAGACACAAUGAGUUAAACAUGGCCUUUCAGAACAGGUGCGCUCAAAGAAAAGGCAGUCUUGAAGGAGCCAAAUCUGACCUAUAAGGCAAGUCCUUGUGU